AGGAAUUUCUUUUUAGUUCACUCAUGAAAUAGGUUUUUCAACACGUGCACACAGCUGGUGCGCUUGCACAUUCAUGUCAUGCCGAUGCAUUUUGGGCUACGCCGCUAACGUAGACAUCGUUGUUAGUCACCGGCGUUUGGUGCUGAUGAGCUGAUCUGUAAUUGUAGGUACACCGCAUUAACCUCUCUGUAUUUUCUCAGAUUUUUGCAACAAAUUUACAAUUAUGAAUUUGAAACACUCAGCAGGGCCACCUAAGCGGGCCGAAUUCCAGGAUAAAGAGAAACCUGCCCAAAUAAGAAGCAGCAACAUCACAGCUGGCAAAGCUGUGGCAGAUGCAAUCAAAACUUCACUUGGGCCCAGAGGUAUGGAUAAAAUGAUCCAAGACAAGAAAGGAGAAGUCACCAUCACUAAUGAUGGAGCUACAAUUCUGAAGCAAAUGAAGGUACUUCAUCCUGCGGCAAAGAUGCUGGUUGAACUAUCACAGGCUCAGGAUGCUGAGGCAGGAGAUGGCACCACUUCUGUUGUCAUCCUUGCAGGAGCUUUGCUGGAAGCAUCUCAGAAGCUGCUGUCUCGAGGCAUUCACCCUGCAAGAAUCUCAGACUCACUGCUGCACUUCAGCUCGCAGGCGCAAGUCGUCCUCGAGAGCAUGGCAAUUCCUGUUGAUCUCAGUGACAGGAAUGCUCUGCUUAACAGCGCCAACACUGCACUCAAUUCCAAGGUUGUUCACGAGCACAGUGGCAUGCUUGCUCCCAUGGCCGUGGAUGCCGUGUGCCGGUUGGUAGACCCUGCCAAGGACACGCACGUUGAUCUCAAAGACAUCCGCAUCACCAUGAAGUUGGGAGAAACUGUGGAAGACUCGAAGCUCAUUGAUGGCAUCAUCUUCACCCAGAAGACCCAAGGCUUUGGUGGCCCCAACAAAGUAGAAAAGGCCAAGAUUGGACUCAUUCAGUUUUGCAUUUCUCCUCCUAAGACAGACAUGGACAACACUGUGAUUGUGAGGGAUUACGCUGCCAUGGACCGCAUCUUGCGAGAAGAGCGCCAGUACAUCCUCAACAUCACCAAGAAGAUCAAAGCUGCUGGCUGCAAUGUACUGCUUAUCCAGAAGUCAAUUCUCAGAGAUGCGGUGUCUGAUCUUGCUCUUCACCUACUCGCCAAGCAGAAGAUUAUGGUCGUUAAGGACAUAGAGCGCGAGGACAUCGAAUUCGUGUGUAAAUCACUUGGCUGUCGCCCUGUGGCAUCGUUGGAUCACUUCACGCCUGAGAUUCUGGGUAGCGCCGAGCUAUGCGAAGAAGUCCAGACUGGCAACAGCAAGCUGGUGACGGUGACGGGGGUGCAGAACCCAGGUCGUGCCGUCAGCAUCCUACUUAGGGGCAGCAAUAAGCAGGUGCUGGAAGAGGCAGACAGGUCUCUGCACGACGCUUUGUGCGUCAUCAGAUGUCUCGUCAAGAAGCGCUACCUGGUGCCAGGAGGUGGUGCUCCAGAAGCAGAGCUCGCUGUCAGGCUCACGAACUAUGGCCAGACGCUGCAGGGCAUGGACGCUUACUGCUUCAGGGUGUUUGCGGAAGCUCUGGAGGUGAUCCCUAGCAUCCUGGCCGAGAAUGCAGGACUCACGCCGAUCAGUACCGUCACUGAGCUGCGCAACCGCCAUGCCAGGGGAGAGACCAGUGCUGGCAUCAAUGUCAGAAAGGGUUGGAUCAGCAACAUCGUUGAGGAGAAAGUGCUGCAGCCGCUGCUAGUUUCUUCUUCUGCCAUCAUGCUCGCAGCAGAGUGUGUUCGCUCCAUUCUCAAAAUUGAUGACAUUAUGCCCGUCGUCCGCUAAUGUCACAAGCACCUUCGCUGUCAGCUGUCGCCCUCACCCACGUCAUCUGAGGACUGGCGCUCCAGAAGUUCUUGCGGUUGUUGAAAAUGAGGAUCCUACUUUUGUUAUUACUUCGUUCAGUUUAAAUGUAAACAAUGAGCCUUAAUUACCACUACAUCGUAAUAAUGUCAUUAUGAUCUGGUCCUUGAUCUCCUCAAUGUGAAAGUGAAUGUGUUUUCAGAAGCAGCCGCUUGUGAAUCUUCAUGUCUUCUAGAAUAACUGUUCAUGUCAUUCAUAUCAAUAUCGUCCUUAACUGUCUAGCAAUGACAAUGAAUUAACUAUCAAUUCUGUUCCUAUAAUUUCCAAAAUCAUCUUAGAAACUAUAUCUUUUCCUUGUAUCAAUUUAUUUUAGGCCACGCUUCAUAACAUCUCACACAGUCUUUUGCUACUUCUAACUGUUUCUGUUCUAAGUUGAUAAGUUUCAUGUAAUUUCUUUUUUAUUUCACAAUUAACAAAAUUUGUGACUGUUGACAGUAACACGAUUUGAAAUCAA